UUGCGGUCGGAUCGUUCCGAGUGCGAUGCGACAUGGCAGUUGCUCGCUUCGCUCAUCCCCUGUGUCUCCGCCACGGGGAAAGCCCCGAGCCAGAAAGGGUGGGCCCAAAACUCGCAUUUCCUUGAGAGUCCUCGAAGUCCUCUAGUCCUGAACCGAAGUCCUUAUGAAGUAGGGACUCACUGCAAGUUUAUCGCGAAUCGCGGUCCUCUGCGUUCGUCGGCAGCGAAACGCACACGCCUGAAGCCGCCGGUAGAUCCGAGCAGCAAGGGACCCCGAAUCAGCUGAACGCCACCGGAAUGAUGGAAGCGAAAGCGAGCAGCCGCUUCGUCCAACCCCGCAUGCGCCACUGUUGGGAUGGAUUCGAACCACUGGUUCUCCGUGCCUUGGGAUUCGAACCAACUCUCCGUUCCUUGGGACUCAGUUCCCUCGGAAGAUUAAGAAAGUCCCAAGGCUCGCUCAUUGAGAACGAUCGUAUAGUCUUCUGCUCGGUCUUCUACUUCGGCGCACCCAGACUAGUAGUAACAGCUUCAGAAGUGAAGUCUCUAACAUCCUCACAGCACAUCCGUCGCCGUCAUUCCAGCCGGACACCGGUAUUCCUGCCGGAAACCGGCAUUGCAGCCGGCAUCACUCACCCUCUUUGUAGCAAGCGGGAGCGCUAUCAUGGCUCUGGUAGAGGCGCCGCGAGAAGUGACUUUCCACUCUGCCGCUACAGCCGUCGGCCAUGAUCGUCAUCUUUUAAAGAUGUCUCUAAAUCCUACCAGUAAUACUUCGAGUAACUGCCGCGCUCACACGCCGGCCACUGCCACUGCAAACGCCACCGCCACCGCCACCGCCACCGCCACAGCAGCAACGGUCACAACCCGCGGCCAACGGCAUGCGGCUUCUACUUCGGCGGGCUCAGCUUCUCUGCUACUUCCUCCCCGUCCUCAGCGCGACCGGCGCUCGCACGCUCCCGCCACUGCCACUGCCAUGGUCAGCGCGACUGCUAAUGCUAGUCAUAGCACAACUACUAGAGCGAGUCAUUCAGCCCCAAUUUAUGCGGGGAAUUUCAAAGGGGACCCGGGGAAACCGGGAGUCCGUAAGGAAAGCCCCGCGGAUACCGCUGAAAGCGCCGCCCGCGGCGUUUCCCCGAUGAAGGCGCGGGGCAGGCGGCUGCGCGCGUCGCUGGGGGACAGCCGUCACCUCCGCUCGCUCGCUGCCCGCUCCGCCGCCGCUGCUCUGGCGGCUGUGGAAAGUCCCACGGGGACGUGGGGAGGGGAAGACGGGGAAGGCGACGGAGAAGAGGGGGUAGACGCGCGGAGGGACGCGCGGAAGGAUGGGCGGAAGGAUUGGCGGAAGGAGGAGCAGGAUGAUUCUGAGGACAAUAGUGAUGCGGUGGGCGGGGAUGCUCGGCGCUGGCAAGUACGGGCAAUAAUUCCGACUCAGAAGAGCCCUCCGCCGCUGCUGCAUGGGCGGACCAACAGUGGCAACGACAGCAGCAGCAGCAGCGACAGCAGCAGCGGCAGCAGCAGUGGCAGCAGCAGCAGCAGCAGCAGGCACCAUGGCAGUGCGGAAUCGGACCUGGCGGCUGUGGGACGAGUGGUCCGUCCUCCGCUCCCUUCCCCUCCGCUUUCGCCAUUCUCCCUCCUGCGCCUCCUAAAAGGGUCGACGAGCGCGUCAGAAACGAGGUGCAGAUCUGCUUCUGCUGCUGCUGCUGUUGCGGCCGCAUCAGCCGUUUCAGCAGCAGGCGUGGAAUCCGGUGGUGAGGCAUUGGAGCAGGGGCGGCGUUCCAUGAUGGGUUUAGCAGCAGCUGCAAGCACAGGCAGCAGCAACAGCAGCAGCAGCAGCAGCAGCAGCAGCAACAGUGGUAGCAGUAGCGGCAUGCUGCUAGUGGUUCGUGGUACUACUCACUCUCAGGGUACCGUUUUCGUCACUGAUGGUGGUGGUGGUAGCAGCAGCAACAGCAGCAGCAACUGUGGCAGCUGCAGCAGCAGCAGCAGUGGCAGUGGCGGCAGCAGCAGGAGCAGCUGCAAUGGCAGUAGGAGCGGCCGUGCAGCUACCAGCGCCAGUGACCACAGGAGCAGCAGCAACAGCAGCAGCAGCAGGCACGGCAGAAAGCGUAGCACGUCUCACCCUAGAAUACCAAUCUUUGUCAGCUCACCCACCGCGUUUGUCACAUCUCCCACCACUUCCCCACCCACGCCACUCCCCCCCCCUCCGCCCUCUGCCCUAGCAGCUGUUGCAGCCUCCACUGCCCCCCUCCUCCUCUUGGACCCUGCCACGUCACAUGUCUUCGCGGCCAGCUCAGCAGCGGCGUCUGCGCUAGGAAUGACACGUGGGGAGUUGGAGGGGGCGCGGUUUGUGAGUCUGGUGCAUGGGGUGCAUGGAUUGAGGGAGGAAGCGUGGGUGCAUGCGCUGGGAGCCGCUGUGCUGACUAAGGGACUCAUGGAACCUGCAGAAAACGGCAAUGGAACACAAUCUGACAGGGGUGGGGAUGGUGGUGGUGGUGGUGGCGGCGGCUGCGGUGGUGGUGACACAAUAACCUUAAGGUUUCGCCUUGCUCCAAGUGACCGUGGGGGGGCGCUUGUGGGGCAGAGAAUGCGCUUGGACAUCCGCCUGCCUCCCAGGCCUGUGCUACCAUCCACCACGCUACCUGCUGCUGCUGCUGCUGCUGUUCCUAGUGCUAGUGGCCCUGAUUCCUCAAACAGUGCGUGUAUCAAUGCAGACGCUGCUCCUCCCCACCCCCCUCCGUCUCCGCCUCCUCCUGCUGCUGCUGCUGCAGUGCGUGUUUCUACAGCCCGUUGCUCUUUCCUGGAGUCUCCUCCGUGUGUGGUGCUCUCAGCCCCUCUCCUUGCAUCUUUAACCCUUGCUGAUGCCGCACUGCCCCCUGCUAUGCCGCCUCUGCGGCUCGCUGCACCGGGGAAAGAAACGGAGCUUGGUGGGGUAGCCGAUUGGGAUAGAGGGGAGAGCAUGGCAUAUUGCGGUAACAAGGCACAAGGGCGGGGGAGGAAGGCAGAAGGCUCUGGGAUGGAGGUGGGGGGGGAAGGGACAAAUAGGGUGAAUGGUGAUGGGGGGGAAAGGAGUGGGGAGUGCAGGGGGAAUAGCAACAGCAGCAGCAGCAGUAGCGGGAGGCAGAUUACAGCAGAUCCUAAGACUAAAAGUGUGCGCACAUGGUUCCACAUGAACAGUGCCGGGGACGGCAUGAGCAGUACUCGGAGGAGGAGAGGCAGCUUGAGCGGAAGGCAGGUGGAUCUGUCCCCUCGGUGCACUGACAGCCCGCCCCCGUCCCCAUCCCUGUCCCCGUCCCCGUCCCCGUCCCCAGGCGCCACUUGCAGAGAGGGCGCUUCCCAGGGAAGAAGAGAGGAGAGGGGGAGCAAAGGAGGGAGGGAGGGAAAGGAAGGUGGUGGUGUGUCUGUUGGUGUAGGAAGUCAGAGAACGCAGGAGGGUGGAGGAGGCAUUCCAGAAAUAUGGCGAAAGGUGGUUGGGGAAAGGCACGGCAGUAGGAAGGGAGGGAGAGGAAGGGGUUUGAAAGGUGCUGGGUUCGUGGUGGGGAAGGGCUUGGGGGAUGGUCUAAGAGGUGGAGGUGGAACUGCACAUGAGAAGAAACAAGAGAUGUCAGAUGAGAAAGCAAGGCUAUCCCUCCUCUUGGUUUCUUCCGGUAGGAAAAAACAGGCUGCUGAUAAGAAUGGAGUUGACGUCACACGACCUAGGGAACAUAGGGGCUCAAUCACGAGGAAUGGGGCAAAACCAUGUGCAAGAAUUGAGAAUUGGACUGAGUUAGAAGAGUAUGCUGCUGACGGAACUGACAUGGGGUGGUUCUGUUGACCUGGAAUGUGAUUCUCUUUUGGGAAAUGCAUUAUACUUACUGUUCCCCCCCCU